AUGGAUUACGACGAUGACAUGGUGAUGAAAGGCGCUCAAAUUCAGUCAUAUCUGUUGGAGAAAUCUCGUGUUGUAAAACAAAAUGAAGGGGACCGGAAUUUUCAUAUAUUUUAUCAGUUGCUCUCGGAUGGUUUCGACGAUAAUCUUCGUUAUUCAAUGGGACUCGACCAAGACGCUUGUGCAUACAGAUUUCUAAGUCAAGGUGGCAAAACUGCCGAUCCAGAAAUUGAUGACAUUCAAGGUGCUGUUGAAACGCUGCAUGCGAUGGAUGUAAUCCAAUUCAGCAAACGUGAAAUUAAAGAGAUUUUUGAAGUUCUGGCUGGUUGUGUUUUACUUGGAGAAAUAAAUUUUGCAGAAAGAACUGGUUUUGACAUAACAUAUGUUGAUGGAACAAAAGAAGUAGAAACGGCAUGUCGGAUGCUCGAUGUUAAAACAAAAAAUCUUGUUGAUGCGCUCACACAGCCUUCCAUGAAAGUCAACGAGAUCGUUGUCCGUAAAAGUCAGAAUCUUGCCAAGACUUUGAGCUCACUAUCCGCGCUAUGCAAGACCAUCUACGAGCGAUUGUUCAAUUGGAUCUUGUCACGCUGCAAUUCGGCGCUGUGUAAAAAAUUCCACGCUGGGAAAUCAGCACGAACGCACUAUAUUGGUGUGCUAGACAUUGCUGGUUUCGAAAUUAUCAAGAAAAACAGUUUCGAGCAGUUCUGCAUAAACUACACCAAUGAGAAGCUGCAGCAGUUUUUCAAUGACUUUAUGUUUAUUCGCGAGCAGCGGGAAUAUCUGAAUGAGGGAAUUGAGUGGAAACAUGCUGAUUAUGGCAUCGACAUGCAAAACACAAUUGAACUUAUUGAAAAGGAGCAGCUGAUGAACUUACUGGAAACACUCAGAUCAACCAGUGCACACUUUAUUCGCUGCAUUGCACCAAAUCGGAAAAGAUUACCGGGUGUGAUUGAUCCUCAUCUUGUACUUCAUCAGCUCAGAUGCAAUGGCGUGCUGGAAGGCAUUCGUAUUUGUCGACAAGGAUAUCCGAAUCGAAUACCGUUUGAUGAUUUUGUAGCAAGGUACCGCCUGCUAGUACCUGACGCUCAGCUCGGCAUGGGACGAAAUGCAGCUGAGCGACUCUGCCAUGCGAUAGAUCUCGAUUCCACGUAUGUACAGAUUGGGAAAACGAAAGUUUAUUGCAAAGUUGGAGUUAUUUCAGAACUGGAAAACCGGCGUAAAGACCGACUGAAUUUGUACAUUUGUGGGAUACAGUCAGUUAUACGAUGGUAUUUACAGCAGCAACGGCAUCAGACAAUUAUAGAAAAAAGAGAUGCUGUUCUAACAAUACAAGAGAACGUGCGUUGCUUUGCAAAGACAUCUUCUUGGAGAUGGUAUCAACUUUUAUUGUCAGUUAAGGAACUGAUACCUUUGAACAAGCACAAAAUAAGAUUGGAAGAGCUGCAGAAUGAAAACGACGAGCUAUUAAAGCUUGAGAAUGAGAAAAUUCUGCAUGCCAAAGAAAACGAUGAACUGAAAGAGGAGAUGGCAAGACAUGAGCAACUCAUGGAGCUAAUGGAGAAGCGCUUCGAUGAGCAGCACGCCAAAGUCAUGAAAAUACACAGUUGCCUGAGAGAAAAUGAAAAGAGAACUGAAACAAUUGAAGACGAAAAAAAGGAACUCGAAAAUCAACUAUGUAAGGUGAGCACGCCAGCCUUUUUAACGACAACAACCGCAUUCCAAGCGCAGUUUAAUAAGUAG